CAAAACUUGAAAAAAAAAAAGUAUUUUGUAGGUGAUUCAAUAUGGGUUGGUGCUGUCUUGUCAGUGAGAAACAUCAGGGGAAUGGAAUAAGAAGAGGGGAGAAAAUGGAGGAAUUUACAGUGGUCUAAGAUAAUUUUUUCGAAAAUUCUACCUAUUCACUUCACUCUAGAUAGUGUCUUACAAUUCACGUGUUUUAUUGUGAGGGAGAUCCACAUAAUCUUUUCCCUUAACACCCGUCAUCCAUAUAGAUGAUGGAGUUUUCUCUUUUUCAGGUCUUCUUCGUUGUGGAAAGAGUUGUCGGCUCCGGUGGGCAAACUAUCUCAGGCCAGACAUCAAACGUGGUCCUUUUAGUCCUGAAGAAGAGAAGCUUGUCAUUCAGUUGCAUGGAAUUCUUGGCAACAGGUGGGCUGCCAUUGCUUCUCAACUACCAGGAAGGACAGACAAUGAGAUCAAGAACUUAUGGAAUACUCACUUGAAGAAGCGCCUGCUUUGCAUGGGCAUUGACCCCCACACACAUGAACCCUCAUCCAACUCCAAUGGCCCCCUGAAUAGGCUGCCUGCGUCACCCUCGACCCGUCACAUGGCACAAUGGGAGAGUGCUAGGCUUGAAGCCGAGGCUCGUCUUUCAAGGGAGUCAUCCUUCUUGGCUUCACCCUCUGCUGGAAGAAUUGAUACUGAUUACUUUCUGCGCAUUUGGAAUUCUGAGAUUGGGGAAUCAUUUCGGAAGAUCAAGAAUGACAAAACUGCUUGCCAAAGUCCAGCCUCUCAGCUAUCUUCAUCCACAAAGUAUGGGUCGGUUUCAGGCACCACAACAGAAAUGGGACUCAUAGUAGCAGGUUCCUCUGCUGCAGGAAGCAACCAAAAUGAAGAUACAGAAUGCAAGAGCAGCAAAUUGUGCACUGAAGAUGUCACGGGAGGGUCAGAUUCGUCGAUUUCCAAUGAGUUGGACUUGGAGGAUUCAUCUGAAUCAGCGUUGCAACUGCUUCUGGAUUUCCCUGGCAACAAUGACAUGAGCUUCUUAGAAGAACAUACUGUUGACUAUGCAAUGUAUCAUGCUAUUUCAACAGAAAGCUCCUUAAAUUGCUCCAUCUGAGAAAUAUAACCUCAUUUUCCUCUUGAAAAGUAGCAAGAUGUUUUAGAGCCUUGGUUGCUUAAGUUGUGAGCUGGUCAUUUUUUUUUUUGUAUUUCCAGCUGUGAAGGAGUAGUAUAAGUAAGUAGGUGUGGCCUUUCUGUGUUAUGACUCAAUUAUAGUGCCUACUUAGUUAAGUAUAUAUAGAGGACAUACUUUUGCGUUUAGGAGUUCAUUUUUAGUUUUUAAUGCUUUAUCUGAUUGUCAUUGCGAGAUCAUACUGAUGCUAAUAUAUAUUCGGUGUUUUUGUGCUUC